UUUGUUUGGGCAGAUCCUUCCGGCUAUCCCGCUACUUCACCUAGCGUUUCGCCGCCAUUUUAAGUUCUGGCACUGGCUUCCAGCGCAUGUGAAGCCGGAUACGCCAUCUUGUGUUUGGGCGGUGGUUGCAAUCUCACACGCGCGAGACGACCCUGGGAAAGGGGAAGUGAGCCAAAGCCUCUCUGAGGUUUUGCCUGCCGCCUUUUUGGUCUGAGUUUCCACAUCCAGGUACUGGUCCGCCAGUGACCCUGGACAGUAACAAAACAUAAAAAGCCCGAGCCCACCUCCCGCCACCAGCAUAGGUUCAGUAGCUCGUUUGGAAAUCAGUAAACCAUGGCAUCUAAGAAAUUUGCCAUUAAAUGUGGAAAUUUUGCUGUCCUUGUGGAUCUUCAUAUAGUGCCACAACGUUCAAACAAAGAUUCCAGUUGGUUUUCUGAACAGAAGAAAGAGGUUUUGGCUUUCAGAUCACAGCCUAUUUCCUCAAGAGAGGGAUACACCUUCGCUGUAUUCAGAGCUCACAGAAUACUGAACUUCGUAUAUUUCCUGAAAGAUUUGUGGUCUGUGUUAGUCAGCUUGCAUUCAGUCCUGAUACUUGGACAAGCCAGAAUCAAAAGUCGACAAAAAGAACCGUCCACGGAGUAUCUGACUAUUUUGCUGAGUGUGCAGAGAGUUCGCCUUCUCCUGGUACAAAGCUCAAGAGAAAUGCUCUACAAGAACUUGUUUUCAAUACUGCAUGGCAAAGCAAUUGAGGCACAAAGAAUUGUGGAAAUCUCCAAGUUGGUCCAAACCCAAAGCACAAAAACAAGGCCCUAGUGGGAAAAAAUUCCAAAACCAGAAAUGUGGAUGGAAGAGCUGUUACUGGAAUCAAGGAAGUCUGGCCCAAAAGCUCUUGCCUUUGAGCAUACAUACGGUCUGGCUUGCACACCAAAAGGGUGAAAGUAACAGUCAAAUGAUGAGCCAGGCCAGUGUGGAAGCAGAAGUGCUGGAAGAAAUAUUUUAGAACCUCUCUGGUAACUGUACUACAGCCAGCGUUGUUCAAAUGAGAACACCCAGGAAGCUGGAGAUAGUUGGGUGUGGAUGGAGAAAGGAGGGCGUGAUGAGACCUGACCCUCUUCCCAUCUCAUCCCAUCCUGCUCCCUUUUCUUUACCCCAGGGGCACAUUGCCUUAGUUUUAUUCAAACCUGAAGGCCAUCCACAUUUGCCCUAUGCUGCUGCAUUGUGAUAUGAACUUUCUAAAAUUUAUUUCCAACACUACAAAGCCAUAGGGAACCCACUGAGAGUAUUUGAGGGUUCCAACUUGAAUUUGGAGGAUUUAUAUUUCUCUCCACAGGAUGGAGUUUAUCCAAACCAUUCCUUCGUGGGUACCUGGUACAGAGGGAUGGUCUGGCCACACUGACAUUGCAAAUAGGGACAGAUAGGUAAAAGAUGACUCAGGGGGGUGAUUCUAAUUUAUCAGCCUGAGUGGGAGAAGACAGGGAGUGAGUAGCGUUUUAGUGAGGGAAAGCAGAGCUGUGACCAGACAGUUGUGAAGACAUAGCUGUAGCAGCUAGCUGUAGGGACCAGAUACCCAGUGCACAUAACCACUUUUGGCUCAUUCAUUCAAUCUGGAUUUUAGUAAUUAUAAAUGAUCAGAUGAUUUUUUUCUACUAUAAUAUAGAAGGAGUCUUCUCAAUGAUGUAGGCAUGUUUAGGGAACAUGGGAUGAGCCUUGAUUAACUACUACUACCAGAUACCCCAAGAAGAUGGUUGCAUCAAGGAAGCAAGCAGACCCAGUAGUGACACUACAGUUUUGAAAAUGCCCAUGAAGUUUUAUGAGUGUGUGUGUGUGUGUGUGUGUGUGUGUGUGUGUGUACAUGUAUAGAACUGCAUGUGCACACAAGCAAGGGAAGGGUGAAACCUAUGGAGACUUGUCUGUUUCCUUUCUGAACCCCCUUUCCUGCAAUUCAUUUUCUAAUUCUAUGAAACAGAACCUAAAGAGGAAGUCCAAAACUUCCCAAGAACAAAGCAACAGCCCCAAAGGGCUAGGACUUCAUCUGUGAUUCAGAAAAUACCUAUUUCUCCCCAACUCAGAGAUGCCACUAUCAAGGUAAAUGCAGUUCAAGUAUGGCACAGGUGUCUUCUCCCUGGAGGCUCCAUGAGCUUUUGUAUUUAUUUCCUGUUUAGCACAAAUCACAGUGCUUCAUGGAGAUCUCAGCCAAGGCUAGAUCCUGGUAUAAAUCUGGUAAGUUCCCAGAUGAAGCACAACACGGAGCAGCCCGGGAAGGAAGGGCUCCCAAGUUCUAGGCCUGGCUGUUGCUGUCUGAACAAUUCCCAAACCUCUUGAGGCCUCAGUUUGCCCUUCUGGGAUCCUUUGAUGGGGAAGAUCACUGCUUAUACUAGCGUUCGGCAACUCUGUGAUGAAGACUUUUCAACUUUUCACAUGUCUCUGUGAGGAUGAAGCAAAGAAGCUUUUCACCCUCCUUAUGCUAACCACAGAGGGGACAAUCAGUAUGGCUACCUGAGUAGUCAUUAGAGGGGCAGCUGCAAACCUGUGCCUCCCCUGGAAUCACCAGGAGCCACACGUGCCCUGCCAGGACAAUAUGACUUUAAAACAAAGCUGCAUCUUUCAAGUUGCUGGUGUCUGCUUUUGCUCUGUGGAUCAAGAAUUCAACCCUUAGUACUCUGGUGUGGGUAUUUUCAGAGGGGUGGGUUGCGGAGGCUAUGGGCAGACUUCCAUUCAAGGUUCUUACUGGAUUUAAGAGCCUUUACUGUAAGAUAAUUUCCCUGACUUGCAUAUCACAGGUUAAUACUGGACCCGUGCAUAAUGAUACAUAAUUUGAGACUUGUAAAAGCUGCUUUGGACUUGAAAGAAACACACUCUAUGCCAGAAAGGUUGUACCUGGCAUGCAAGAGCAAGUAGUGCAGCUAGAAUCUAUGUCCAAAGCAAGGGGGCCACACCCUUUUGACACGGUCUCAGAGGAUGCCAUACAGGUCCCUUGACUGCCAGGCGACCACACUGCCACAGUCCUGCAAGCACCCACUCCCAACCUUGUUUGCCCUUUCCAUGACCACCAGAAAGCAAUUGCUCACCAAGGAAAAUUCCUUACCUUUAGUACACCGAGAAACAAUCGCAUGAAAUUGAAGUGAUGCAACAAGAUUGUCCUAAUGACCUCUAAACUUUGUUUUUAAGGCUUCUGGGACAAGAACCUCAAAGAACUGCCUAGGGGGCCCCAUUCUACCUUAGAUAACCAAGCCAUUUGUUGGCAUUGUUAGAGUCUGACAUAGUAUGAGCCAGGAGGUUUAGCUGCUUGUGCAGUGGGGGAAAAAUGUUAAGAAAAAUAAUUGUUGUUUUUGCAAACUAUCUAUUUAAAAACUGAACCUCAGGAAGCAGAUUUGUGUUCCAGUGCUUGGAUGAAUCAGAGCUUACAAAGUAUAAAUACACAUUAGCAGGAGAAGGCUUCCCAUAACCCCAUGCUUAUGUCUUCCCAGCCCGGGAACCUCUGAACUCCUGUUUCUUAUUCCCAGUAGAAGCAAGAAAGCAACCCAGUCAAAACGGAAGUGGUGGAGCUUCGUUCAGCUGAAGUCCAAACCCCGAAGGGCCUCUGGGACAGAUUUUGUUUUGUUUUUUCUUUAAAAGCAGCUGAUAUUUAGCAGCUUACUUGUUCACUGUGAAACAAGCAGGUAUAACAUUUAGGAAGGUGGGAACCAUACGUUCUUCUUUCUUUGGCUCCUUUCUACCAAAGCAAUAUUACUAAAUAAGUUAACUUUGACUCACUGACCCUCAGAUCAGCUAAUAAAGAUGAAUCACAUAGACCACAACUUGCUUAAGGGGCAGUGUAAUCAUUUUACUUAAAAAUGAUGUCAGGUGGUAAUUUAGCAACAAACUGGCUUCCAGGCUAUUUAAUUUCAUUUAACAAGGAGGAAAAACAUUGUAAUUAAUGAAGAGCAUAUACUUUAGUACUUCAGUGGAGUUGUUCUCAAUUUUUACUGUGUGUAAGCAAAAGGGGGAAGGGACGGAGGCGGAAGCUUGUUGGAAAUGUAGCUGCUAAGAUCCUACCUUGGUGGGUUCUGAUCCUACAGGGUCUUGGGAUGGGCCUGGAGUUCUGCACUGAAGAAAGUGGGAGGCAUGCUUCUUGAGAGUCUCACCUGCAUUUAGUUAAGUAAAGUGUCCACCUGCCUCCUACUUCGCAGUUGUCUAGAAUCUGGGGCUAGUUUCUCAGGUAAAGCUACCCGCUUCAGGUUAAGUGUCGUCCGGUGUCUCAUGGUAUAUUCUAACCUUAGGAUUCGGGCUAGUGAGAUUCUGGACUAGAACUUUUCUCUCCCAAUGCUUUUUUAAGGAGGGCUGUGAACAUCUCUGGGAGUAUUGAAGCUCAGUCCUCUUUUCUACCCCUGACCCCAGCAUAACCAGGCCUGCUUUGCUUCCUUUUCUCUCUGCAAUCCUGGCUUUAGGCCGUGCCCACAGGAGUCUGACCUAUGCCCUCCCACUACUCAGUGUCGGGACCGAAGGCUCGUCAAGGCAACACCCAUGAAUCUCAAGAUCACUUCUCUCCUGGAAUGGAGAACUGCAGAAGCUCAUUAAUUUUUUUUUUCUUGGCACAAAACUACUUGGCAGCUAUCCAAGGAAUUCUGGAGUCCUGCAGAAUCCAAGUUUACAAACCACCAGAACAAGGUAUUACUUCAGACUGCUAUUUGAAUCUGGUGCUGUUUAACAAGACUGUCUUCUGGCUUAUAGGGUCCCUACUUUUUUUUUUGACCCCACCUUGCAGAAACCAGCUGUCUACCCACAGAGAUUAAUGACAAAGUAUUGCUUCAUCAAGGCAAGAUGUCGUGGGAAUCUAAACUCAUCCCUAUCUGGGUCCUUCUGAAGUACCUCAAUGAGGCACCCAAACAAAACACUGUUAGGCACUCUUAGAGCUGGUAGAGACACUGAAUCCUUUGAUGGUUUCUGUUCAUGCAGAGGUUCAGGGGACACUUAAAACCCUUCAUCCAUUCUAAAAUGAGUUGCUCACCUGCAAAUAAUCCCUAGCCUGGUAGAAAAAGAGAAAACUUCCCAAGGACAAAAACAGAACAUGCCUUUUCAACGUCGGCUAACCCCGUUUGUGUUAUACCAUUCAGUUCAGGGGCUUGUGGACAAGCCUGAAUGCUAGGUGCCGGGGAGUGUUCUGAGAAAGGUAAGCUUUGAUUUCCUACCCAGAAGCAGGGAAUUCCUGGUGACUCUGCACAGCCCCUGGAAUGUGUCCAUGUGGCUUUCACAACUCAUCCCUUGCUGAAGAACCAGAGGCCAGCUUCCUGAACCCUGCCGUGUGGGAACAGACAAGGCCCCUGGAGCCACCAGGAGCCUCAGCUCUUGCCCUUUACAGAUACGGAGGAGAGUUUGAUAACAGAAAUUCUCAGGAAGUCAGAUAUCCGUCACCCAAAGUCUGCAUGUUGAGGCAGCCCAAUACUCACUCCCUGGGUCAAGGUGGUAACUAGAUGGACCCCAACAUCAGACUACCCACCGUGUGGCAAAGUGAACCUCCAGGGAUAGGCAUACACAUAAAGCCAUAGGGUGUGUUACAUAAUGACAGCAGGGUAUGAUUAUUAAUCCAACCCAAACAGCUAGGAGGAGAAAAAAAAAAAAAAAAAAAAAAAAAAAAAACCCAAGAGAGCACUAAGUCUCUGUCUUCAUCCCACAC